AUGGCGACCUUCACCCGUCCAGUCCCCUCGAGCGUUGCCGGGGUGGACUUCACCGUUUACUCCGAUGAAGAGAUCAAAAAGCUAUCAGUGAAAAGAAUUCACAAUACUCCGACUUUGGAUUCUUUUAACAACCCAGUCCCUGGUGGUCUUCAAGAUCCUGCUAUGGGUGCAUGGGGCGACCAUGUCUGCACAACUUGUCGACAGAACUCUUGGUCAUGUACCGGCCACGCCGGCCACAUCGAGCUUCCUGUGCCCGUAUACAAUGUCACCUUUUUUGACCACAUCUAUCGUUUGCUUCGCGCACAAUGUGUUUAUUGCCACCGUCUCCAGAUGUCCCGCGCAGAUGUCAAUCUCUACACCUGCAAGCUGCGCCUUUUGCAGUAUGGUUUGACUGAAGAGGUCGCCGAAAUUGAGCUCAUUGGAUCCAAAAAGGGCGCCAAGUCUGGUUCCAAGAAGGAUAAGGGAGACGAUUCGGACGAUGAAGAGGAUGACGACGAAACCAUCAUGGAAAAGCGCAUCGCCUAUGUCAACCGCAGCAUCUCAGAAGCCAAAAAAGACGGCAGGCUGGAUGGAUUAAUGACCGGUGCAAAGAAUCCCAUUGCCGCAGAGCAAAGACGGGAAUUGGUCAAGACCUUCCUCAAAGAUAUCAACGGCAACCGGAAAUGCUACAACUGCAGCGGCAUUACUCCCGCCUAUCGAAAGGACCGUUACAACAAGAUUUUCCGGAAGGCUCUGCCUGAAAAGUCCAAGCUUGCCAUGCUCACUGGCGGCUUCCAGGCCCCCAACACCUUGAUUAUGCUCGACCAGGAGAAGAAGCGCAAGCCCGAAGUAAAUGGUAUCCGAGCUGAAAAUGUUGUUUCCGAGGUUCACGGUGCUGAGGAAGAGAUUCUCCGUGGGGCUGCUGUCACAAAGCAGACAGCGCAAGCUGCGUCCGGCCAGGAAUUCAUGACUUCCUCGGAGGUGUACAGUGCUUUGAGACUUCUUUUCGAGAAGGAUGGCGAAGUUCUGCAACUCGUUUACAACUCUAGACCCGCUCCGAAGGGGUCGAAGAUGGUGUCUGCGGACAUGUUCUUCAUCAAGAACCUUUUGGUCCCACCAAACAAAUAUCGUCCCGCUGUUCAGCAAGGCCCUGGCGAUGUCAUGGAGGCACAGCAAAAUACUCCCUUCACCAACAUUCUCAAGCAAUGCGAUCUCAUCAACCAGAUCAGCAAGGAGAUUCAGAAUGAAGAAGAGAAGGCUCUGUCUCGCGCGCGCACAUACAGUGAUCUCCUCCAAGCCAUCAUUCAGCUUCAGGAUCACGUCAACGGAUUGAUAGAUCGCGAGCGAACCGCUGUUACCGGCGCGGCCAUCGCAAACCUGCCCAAUGGUAUCAAGCAACUUCUGGAGAAGAAAGAGGGUUUGUUCCGCAAGAACAUGAUGGGUAAGCGUGUCAACUUCGCUGCCCGUAGUGUUAUCUCGCCAGACCCGAAUCUUGAGACAAAUGAGAUUGGUGUGCCGCUUGUCUUCGCGAAGAAGUUGACCUUCCCUGAGCCUGUGACAAACCAUAAUUUCUGGGAAUUGAAGGAAGCCGUCAUCAACGGACCCGACAAGUACCCGGGUGCCGCUGCGAUUGAGUAUGAGACAGGCCAAGUUGUCAACUUGAAGUUUAAGAGUCUUGAUGAGCGCACAGCCCUUGCAAACCAAUUGCUCGCACCCUCAAACUGGCGCAUGAAGGGCUCGCGCAACAAGAAAGUCUACCGCCACCUUACCACCGGCGAUUACGUCUUGAUGAACCGUCAGCCCACUCUCCACAAGCCCUCUAUCAUGGGUCAUAAGGCUCGUGUGCUGCCCAACGAGAGAACCAUUCGCAUGCACUACGCCAAUUGUAAUACGUACAACGCUGAUUUCGAUGGUGAUGAGAUGAACAUGCAUUUCCCUCAAAAUGAGCUCGCUCAAGCUGAGGCGCGUAUGCUGGCAGACGCUGACCACCAAUACUUGGUUGCCACCUCUGGCAAGCCUUUGAGAGGUCUCAUUCAGGAUCACAUUUCCAUGGGUACUUGGUUCACCUGCCGUGAUUCAUUUUUCGACGAGGAGGACUACCACCAGCUUCUUUACAACUGCUUGAGGCCCGAGAAUUCGCAUAUUGUCUCAGAUCGCAUCGAACUGGUGGAGCCUGCUUUCAUCAAGCCUAAGUAUCUCUGGACUGGCAAGCAGAUCAUCACAACAAUUCUCAAGAACAUCAAGCCCGAGGAACAUGCCGGUCUCACCCUGAAGGGCAAGUCUUCUACCCCUGGUAACCGAUGGGGAGACAACAACGAAGAGGGUGACGUUAUCUUCAAAGAUGGAGAAUACUUGUGCGGCAUUCUCGACAAGAAGCAGCUUGGUCCGUCUGCCGGAGGUCUCAUUGAUGCGGUGCACGAGAUCUACGGCCAUACCAUUGCUGGAAAGCUGAUGAGUAUCCUUGGCCGACUUCUCACCCGCUUCUUGAACAUGCGAGCCUUCACUUGUGGUAUUGAUGAUCUUCGUUUGACCAAGGAGGGUGAUCGAAUUCGAAAGGAAAAGCUCAGCACUGCCGCUGCCAUGGGUCGUGAGGUUGCUCUGAAGUACGUCACCCUGGAUCAGACUUCCAUGCCUGACCAGGAUGCCGAGCUGAAGCGCCGACUGGAAGACGUGCUCCGCGAUGAUAAUAAGCAGAGCGGAUUGGAUAGCGUUUCUAACGCUAGAUCUGCCAAGCUGUCUUCUGAAAUCACCAGUGCUUGUCUCCCUGCUGGUCUUGCCAAGCCUUUCCCGUGGAAUCAGAUGCAGUCUAUGACUAUAUCCGGUGCCAAGGGUUCCGGUGUUAAUGCGAACCUGAUUUCUUGCAACCUGGGUCAACAGGUCUUGGAAGGUCGUCGUGUGCCGGUCAUGAUUAGUGGUAAAACAUUGCCAUCUUUCCGGGCCUAUGAAACGCACCCCAUUGCUGGCGGUUAUGUUUCUGGCCGUUUCUUGACUGGCAUCAAGCCCCAGGAGUAUUACUUCCACGCCAUGGCCGGUCGUGAAGGUCUGAUUGAUACCGCCGUCAAGACCUCUCGUUCAGGUUACUUGCAACGUUGCUUGAUUAAGGGUAUGGAGGGCUUGCGAGCCGAGUAUGACUCUUCUGUUCGCGAGUCAUCCGAUGGUUCGAUUGUCCAAUUCUUGUACGGAGAGGACGGUCUCGAUAUCACUAAGCAGGUCCAUCUCAAAGACUUCGCUUUCCUGGCUGAGAACCACAUUUCCGUCUCGAAGCAAGUUUCGUCUGAGCUGUACCACAAAUUGGCCAAGGAGGACGUCUCGGAAUGGCAUAAGGACGCGAUGAAGCAGGUCCGUAAGACCGGGAAACUUGAUGCCAAGGAUCCCGUUCUGGCUCGCUAUCCCCCUGGAGGUAACUUGGGAAGUACAUCCGAGGCAUUUGCCAAGGACCUGAAGAAGUAUUGGGAAAGUAACCCCGAUGGCUUGCUCAAGGACAAGAAGAAGAACAUCGAGGGUGUGGUUACCAGGAAGACUUUCGAUGCUCUGAUGAACAUGAAGUACAUGAAGUCUAUUAUCGAUCCCGGCGAGGCCGUCGGUAUUAUGGCCGGUCAAUCUGUUGGAGAGCCUUCGACGCAGAUGACACUGAACACCUUCCAUUUGGCUGGUCACUCCGCAAAGAACGUGACUCUGGGUAUUCCCCGACUCCGUGAAAUCGUCAUGACUGCUAGUGCCACUAUCAUGACGCCUACCAUGACUCUCCUCUUGAACGACGGAAUCCCCAACGCCGAUGCCGAGCGCUUUGCUAAGGCCAUCAGCAAGCUCACUGUUGCUGAGAUCGUUGAUAAAGUGCGAGUCAGCGAGCGUAUUGGCGCUGGCCUUGGCCACUCCAAAGCCAAGAUCUACGAUAUCGACAUUUCCUUCUUCCCUGCCGAGGAGUAUUGCAAGGAGUAUGCCAUUGAAACCAAAGAUGUGCAAAACGCCCUCCAAAACAAGUUUAUUGCUCGCUUGGUGAAGCACACAAGGACCGAAUUGAAGAAGCGCAACGAUGACAAGACCGGCAAGAAGGUCUCCACUUCUCAGCCCGAGAUCGGUGUCUCUGUCGGCAGAGUCAUCGAGGGCCCAAGUGGUCCCGACCGCGAGGUUGAGCCCGCCGACGAAGAUAACGAAGAUGAUGAGGAUGACGCUAAGCGUGCCCGUGGGGGUCAGAACCGGAGCAACCAGGUGUCUUAUGAAGGUCCUGAUGACGACGAGCAAGACAUUAUCCAUCGCCAAGACACGCCUGAUGAGGAUGAUGAUGAGGCUGAAAAUGGACAAAACAGACGUGACGUGGACAUGGACGAUGACUCCGAGGAUGACUCGGACGACGAAGGCGCCACGGAAAGCAAGAAUAUCGAGGAAGAUGUCAAGAGUAAAUUCGAGGAGAUCUCCAAGUUCAAGUUCGACCCCAAGAAGGGUACUUCGUGCAACGUCCAGUUGCAGUACGACAUCGAGACCCCAAAGCUGCUGCUACUUCCCAUCGUUGAAAAGGCUAUUCGUGAAGCUGUUAUCCAGUCAGUUCAGAAGAUUGGUAACUGUGUCUUUGUUGAGGCCGACCCGCUGAAGGACGAGCCUGCCUGCGUCAUGACCGAUGGUGUAAACUUGAUGGCCAUGCGUGACUACCAGGACAUCAUCAAGCCGCAUUCUCUGUACACCAACUCCAUUCACGAUAUGCUUAACCUCUACGGUGUUGAGGCCGCCCGCGCCACCAUCGUCCGCGAAAUGGAUGCCGUUUUCAAGGGUCACUCCAUCUCCGUCGACAAUCGUCAUUUGAACUUGAUUGGUGAUGUGAUGACUCAGUCUGGUGGUUUCAAGGCCUUCAGCCGUAACGGUCUGGUUAAGGAUUCCACCUCACCAUUUGCUCGGAUGUCUUUCGAGACCACUGUCGGUGCUCUAAAGGACGCUGUCCUUGAAAGAGAUUUCGAUAACCUACAAGGCCCGAGUAGCAGAAUCGUUGUUGGUCGUUCCGGUACAGUUGGUACUGGUGCAUUUGACGUUCUUGCUCCUGUAGCAUAG